AUGGCCGAAAUUGUCUCAGCGGUAGCGAGUAAAGUUGUUGAGUCCCUUAUGGUAGCUGUUAAGCGACAUCUACACUACAUGAUUUACUCUAGAAGAUAUGUGAGAGAAUUGCAUCACGCAAUGAGAGAGUUGAAUGUGGAAAGGAUAGAUGUUAUGAACCGUGUUGAAGAAAACAUUGUGAGAAAUCUUCAGAUUCCAGUCGGCGUCCAUAUUUGGCUGGAAGAGGCAAGAUCUUGCAUUGAAAAGGUGGAAAAUUUUGCUUCUUAUGAUGUUGGCAGUUGCCCGAGUCUCAAGAUGAGUCACAAGGUUGGAAAGACAUCUUUGCGAAUGAUCGUGAUUAUAAAAUAUCUUAUGGAAAAAUCGUAUAGGUUCGUCUGGAGUAAUGCUCCAGUUCCUCUAGGUAGAAUGUAUUCCAUGGCAUCCAGCUUUAACCCAAUAAGAGAGGAUUUUAAGUCAAGAGAGAAGCCUUUUAUGGAAGCAUUGAAAGCACUCGAGCCAAACAACAAAUUCCACAUGGUAGCCUUAUGUGGGAUUGCAGGGGUUGGGAAGACCGUUAUGAUGGAGAAGUUAAUGCAAGUUGCAAAAGAAAGGAGGAUGUUUGAAUCUAUCAUCCGUGUGGUUGUAGGGCCAAAUACGGAUCACUUUCAUAUUCAGGAGACUGUAGCAGAAUACCUUGGUAUAUGUCUAGAUGAAACAGCUAGAAACGCAAGAGCUGAUCGGCUCCGUAGUCGUUUUGAGGAGAUUUCAGUUGGGGGUAGGAAAAAGAUUUUAGUAAUCCUGGAUGAUGUAUGGGAUAUGGUGGAUCUAAAUGAUAUUGGUUUAAGUCUUUUUUCAAGUCGACUUGAAGGCUUCAAGGUCCUGUUGACAUCACGAGAUAGGCGUCUUUGUAGUAUAAUGGGAGUUGAACAGCAUUUAAUUAUAGAUGUGGAAGUGUUAGAAGAGUCAGAAGCGCAAACAUUGUUUCGCCAAUAUGUAACCGGUUCAGACCACGUUGAUCUGGAUCCUGAUUUGCAGAAGAUAGGAGAUUACAUUGCAAGCAGAUGUGGUGGUGUGCCCUGGGCAAUCAAACAAAUUGCCCGUUCUCUUAGAGGCGUUAAAGACAAGACGAUAUGGCUCGAUACGCUUUCUCAUGUAAAGGAUCAUGGUGUUGACAAAUAUGUGUAUCAAGCUGUUGUAAAGACUGAGCAUAAAACUAUUGAAAUGAGCUACAACGAUUUAAAUGAUGAGACUAAAUCAAUUCUUUUGUUAUGUGGCUUGUUUCCCGAAUACUUGAAUAUUUCUGCAGAAAACUUGUUGAGGUAUGGAUGGAGAUUGAAAUUGUUUGACGAUGUAAAUACUAUAAGUCAAGCGAGAUAUAGGCUCAAAACAUCCAUUGGGCAGCUCAUAUAUGCAAAAUUGUUGAUUGGCUCUCAUGGUGGUAGGUGGGUCAGGAUGCCUGAUCUGGUACAUGCCUUUGUUUUAAGUAAGCUCUCUAAAGGCGAUCAUGCUUCAAUUGUCAACCAUGGUGACAUGUCAGAGUGGCCUGCAGAAGAUAUGAGUGAGUCUUGCAAAAGAAUCUCGUUAACUUUCAAAGGUAUGUGGAAAUUUCCUAGAAAAUUUAAGUACCCAAACCUUUCACUGUUGAAGCUUAUGCAUGGGGAUAAUUUGUUGAGGGAUGGUCAAGAUUUUUAUGGAGGAAUGGAAAAUCUUCAACUUAUUGCCUACGAAAGAACUCAUUAUAUGCAGUUUCCCACGUCACUGCAAUGCUCCAACAACCUUCGAACGCUCUGUCUUGAGUAUUGCUCGUUGACGUUUAAUUUCUCUUUCAUUGGAUAUCUUAGGAAUUUGGAAAUUCUCAGCUUUGCUCAUAGUGGCAUCCUAAUAUUACCAUCCAUAAUUGGAAACCUUGACAAACUAAAGCUACUGGAUUUAACUGGUUGUGUAAAUCUCCAUAUAGAUAAUGAUGUCUUCAGUAAGUUGGUUAAUCUUGAAGAGCUUUACAUGAGAGUUGCUGCUAACCAAUAUCAAAAGGCCAUUAGCUUCACAGAUAGCAGUUGUAAAGAUCUCGCACAACGUUCAGUGAACCUUUCCUCGUUAGAAUUUGAGUUCUGUGAGAACGGUGCUCAACCGAUGAAUAUGUCGUUUGAGAAACUUGAAAGAUUUAAAAUCUCAAUGGGCUGUUUUUUAAAGAGUAUGGAUGACGACUACGUACUCCCAUAUGAAAAUAAGUUGAUGUUGGUCACCAACAAAGGUGAACUAUUAGGAUCUGGGAUGCUAGAGUUGUUUGUGAAAACAGAUGUCCUUUAUCUACAAGUGAGUGAUAUGAAUGAUCUUGAAGAGAUUGAUGAUACUGUGAAAUCCUUACAUCUUUCUUACCCCCCCUUGUUCGACAAUUUAAGAUUCCUUAGUAUUUCAUUUUGUUCAGAGUUGAAAUACCUUUUCACGCCCCGGGUUGCAAAAGCUUUGUCAAAGCUUGAGAAUCUUCGGAUUUCCUCAUGCCCUAUUAUGGAGACACUAGUCCAUACUAGGAUUAGUAGAUCAGAAACAAUUACAUUUCCGCAGUUGAAGUGUCUAACUUUGACUGAUCUACCAAAUCUUUUGGGUUUGUGUGAUACUACCGAAGUGAUUGAGCUACCACAGCUCGUGGAGUUGGAACUUUACGGCCUUCCAAAAAUCACAAGCAUUUACCCCAAAAAUAAACUGGGAAUAUCUUCUAUGCCAAUGCAACCCUUGUGGAAAGCAAAGGUUGUGAUUGGACAGUUGGAAAAAUUGCAUAUUGAGAAUAUGCAGAACUUGGAGGAGAUAUGGCCAUGUGAAAAUACUGGUGGUGUUGCCAAUCUUCCUAUAUCGAGAGAAACUACAUUGAAACAAGAGCAUUCUCAAGUAGAUGUUGCUUUGGGGUCUUUAUGCCAGUACUUAAGAAAGAUGGAUCUACGUAGUUACAAUGCAUCAUCAAGUUUGAUUGCAUCUCAUGUAAUAAGGCACAUAAAAAAUCUUGAAGAAUUGGUAGUAUGGGGUUGUGACUCAAUUGUAGAAGUUUUUGAAACCAAAAGUGCCAAUAACACUGGUAUUUACAUCACUGAAGGCAGAAAAAAUGUUGGAGAAACAAGUCAAAUGUUUACAAAGAUGAUUGUACCUCAAUUGCUGAAUUUAAAAAAGGUGGAGAUCCUUGGAUGUGACCGUCUGGAACACUUGUUCACAUUUUCCACACUUGAAAGCCUUGAGCAACUCAAGGAGUUAGAGAUCAUGUAUUGCAAAAAUAUCCAAGUGAUUGUGAAGGAAGAGGAUGGAGUAGUCAUGUCUAAAGUUGUCGUCUUUCCUCACUUGAAAUCUGUAAAGCUAUUUGAUCUACCAAAUCUCAAUGGUUUCUUUCUAGGUGCGAAUGAUUUUCAAUGGCCUUUAUUGGAAAUUGUUGAAAUCAAUGGAUGCCCAAAAAUGACAAGCUUCACACGUGGUUGCUCAACUUCUCCAAAGCUCAAAUACAUCAGUACAAGCUUUGGCAAAUAUAGUUCUAUACAUGGCCUCAACUUCCAUGUGACCACCUCUCUGCCUGAGAAUCAUAUUUCAAGUCUCGACGGUUCAAGCAGCUUGCCGCCUAUUCUAGAAACAUCACCUUGGUCUUUUUCUAAUUUGAUCAACAUCAAUUUGCAAGGGAUGAAAGAUAUGGGUGAUUUGAAUUAUAUUAUUCCAUUCGCAGAGUUGCAACAACUGGAAAAGCUUGAAAAGAUGCAAAUAAAGCACCAAGAUCUUGUAGAGGGGGUAUUCGAAGCAUCAGAAAGAACAAAUAGUGGUUCUAGUGAAGUACUAUCUGUAAUAAAAAUUCCAAAUCUGAGAGAAGUUGAGAUUUUUCAUCUGGAGAAACUCAAGUAUCUAUGGAAGAGUAAUCAAUGGACAACAUUGGAGUUUCCGAAUCUAACAAGAUUGUCUAUUGUACAUUGUCAAAGUUUAGGGCAUGUUUUUAGUUGUUCCAUGGUUGGUAGCCUAUUACAACUCCAGGAACUACAUGUUGGCAAUUGCUUAUCGAUGAAGUCAAUCGUUAAGGAGGAAGAAGGGGAUGCCAAAGUGAAUAUGAUUAUGUUUCCUUCUCUUAACUCCUUGGAACUUACCAACCUAUCAAAGCUCGAGGGAUUUUGGUUAGGGAGUGACCAGGAGUGUGAAUGGCCAUCAUUAGUUACUUUAAAAAUCAAGGAUUGUCCAGAAAUAAAAGUUUUCACCACUGGAAAGUCCACUGCUCCAAAGCUGAAGGUAAUAGAAACUAGUGAUGGGACAGUUGAUGCAAAGGAAGAUCCCAACUCCUUUUUAACAAAGCAAGAGGUUUGUGAUCCAAACGAAGUCGUUGAGGAACUCAAACCGAACACCUUGUGCCAACAAGAGGUUGAGGUCUCGGAGCUGGAGCCAUAG